AUGGCAACCAAACAAGACAUUCAAGUAGCGUCGGUCGCUGCCGGCUUCACGCUUGGCUUUGGAUUCCUGACUGCGUGGAAGGCAAUCCAGCAAACCAGGAGAAACAAGCGGCCAUGGAAAAGUAUCUAUGUGUACAUGAUCUGGGGCGAGAUUAUGGCCAACCUCGCCAUCGGUAUCAUCGGAUGGGUAUUUCUCGACGGGCUGCUGUCGCCAACAGUUCCCGUCUUGUUCUUCAUCCUGUUCCUGUGGGUGUUUGAAAUCCAGCUCCUCAUGCAAAUCAUUGUCAAUCGAAUUGCCAUUAUUGCAGAGCACACAAGAACCGUAACGAGGCUCAAAUGGGGCACAGCCGUUGUCAUUACCUGCAUCAACAUUGCCGUCUUUUGCAUCUGGAUCCCUGCUCACAUUGAACCACCGGCCAGCGAGUUAUAUGUCAAGUUGAAUGAAAUUUGGGAUCGAAUUUCCAAAGUACUCAUCUUGCUGGUCGACGCCGGCCUCAAUUAUUACUUCCUCCGGACCGUCAAGCGACGACUCGUCUUGACACAUGGCUUGACCAAAUACGCCCCUUUGGUCUCUUUCAACGCCAAGUUGAUGGUGGUAUCCAUCCUCAUGGACGCGAUGCUUAUCGGUCUCAUGUCGUUGCCCAACCAAAUUGUAUACAUACAAUUUCACCCAGUCGCCUACAUGGUGAAGCUGAAUAUUGAAAUGACAAUGGCGGACCUGAUUACAAAACUCGCCAGAGGCGAAAACUCGGACACCCAUCCGCCCUCCACGUCGAACCAUAGAACAUUCACACACGAGGAUGCAGAUGAUGACAACCAGACAAGGACAUACCCUAUGCACACCGUCAACAAAACGCAAGCCGAGGAUUCCUUGUCGGAACUGACAAAGGUUGUCAGUCAUCAUGGGAAACUCAACGGCGGGAUUCAAGUGGAGACGGUAAUUACCUCGACAAGUACACGCAAUAACAGGGGAGAGCGUGAGAGAAACAUGGCGCCAAGCUUUGAUGUGGACGAUGAGUACUCCUUGGCUCAUGGUGGUUCAGAUGAUGGGACAAGGCAUAUGCAAUAG